AUGGCUACUCAAGCGCCAACCCAGGGCGCUGGCACGGCCAACUCCUAUGCAGGGCAACCAGCAACAUCACCAGCUGGCCCUCCCGCCGCGACUACGGCUGCAACUGGCACCACUGGAGGUGCCAUGUCAAACCAAAAUCUGAACCAGAUAGUUACGGAUUAUUUGCUUAAGCGAGGCUUCAACCGGACUGAAGAGGUUUUCAGACAGGAGUCAAAGCAUCUAGGCAAUGAUGGAAAACCAGUCCAGCAACUAGCAAACCUAGGUCCAAAGAAGUACUCGAGAGCGUUUCGACUCUUGAGAGACUGGGUCGAAAACAAUCUCGAAAUCUACAAGUUUGAGCUAUCAAAGCUUCUCUGGCCGACGUUUGUUUACUCGUUCAUCGAGCUGGUUGGAAAUGGAUACACAGAAGAGGGCAAGCUGUUCCUUAAAGAAAUCGGCCAGCAUUUCCAAGCGUCCCAUGCAGAUGAUUUGAAGACGUUCUCAACCAUCACGCUUCCGCAGCAUACAAACGAGAACCCCAUUACCAAAUUAUACAAGGAGAACAAGUAUCGCAUCCCCUUGAACCAACAUGCGACUGGCGACCUUUUCAACUUUCUUGAGCGCGAGUCUGAUCAAGGUGGAUCCGUGAUCCGACAACUACUCGUCUCAUAUUGCCAGAUUGAUUCAACAGCUCGCGGACCUAUCACUCCAUUUAGCUUUGAGGCGGUGUUUAGGAAGACGAAGAAUCUGGAAAUCGAGGAGGUGGAUACUAAGGAAGGUAUUCCGGGCGUCAACAUCGGGCUGUCCAACAAAGAUAUUUUGGAUCCGGCGGCACCUCUAAGCCUUGGACCUCUACCGAUGGAUACUGAUCUUCGCGAUGAUAUCCGAGCCGAAAUCGAAGACGAGGAACGGCGAAAUCCCCCGGCCCCUGGCGCAACCAGCCUGAUAGAAGAGCUUGACCAAAAGAUCAAGCGAGAAGAGAGUGCAGAUGCCCCGAGCCGAGCCGAUCUACCUCUACCCCCAUCUCGCCCGCGAGACAUUAUGCUUGAAAUGCAAAAGUUACGAGAAAAUAGAGACAGAUUCAAAAUCGAGGGUCGAACAGGUGGUGUGGGGGUCCCCGUCAGCGCUUGCAUGUUUACAUUCCACAACACAUUUGGAAGCGUAUCAUGCAUGGAGUUUUCCGACGACGGACAGCUCGCAGCUGUGGGUACCAGCGAAUCCUAUAUUCGCGUUUGGUCUCUGGAUGGAAAAGCUCUCCCCAGCUCAAAUGCUCAUGAGAAGGGUGCCAAGUUCAACAGCCGGAAGCUGAUUGGACACUUUGGCCCUGUAUUCGACAUUUCGUUCUCCGACUCUGCUUCGGGGCCUCCCCAAAAGCUAUUUGCGGACGGACAAAUCCGGCUGUGGUCUCUGGAAUCUUGGACCUGCUUAUGCGUUUACAAGUCACACGACGGACCUGUCUAUAGAGCGCAAUGGGGUCCACACGGACAUUACUUUUUAACCGGCGGCUACGACAAGGUCGUUCGAGUGUGGAUGCAGGAUCAUGCAUCGCCUCAGCGUCUCCUUGUUGGACACGAUACCGCCGUCUCAGCUAUAGCAUGGCACCCCAACGGCAUGUACGUCUUUUCGGCGUCAGACGAAACGGACAAGUCCGUUCGCAUGUGGUCCGUGGUGACGGGUGCCUGCGUGAGAGUAUUCACUGGGCACACCGAGCACGUCAGUUCCCUAGAAUGCGCCCCCAACGGCAAGAUUCUAGCCAGCGCAGACGUUGCGGGCAAUAUUUUCUUCUGGGAUCUAGUCAAGGGCACUCGUAUAAAGCGCUCUCGCGGCCACGGCAAAGGCGGCGUCUGGUCACUCAGCUUCAGCGUCGAGUCUAACAUACUUGCCUCUGGUGGCCAAGAUGGUACUGUUCGAUUGUGGGAUGUCGAAUCACCAGCAGACCCUCACAAGGCUGCUCAACAGGCCGGCCUCGAAGCUGCUACUGCCGGUGCCGAUUUGGCGAUUGGCGCUAACACUGGAGCGGCCACAGGCACCAAGAAGAAGAGCAAAGAGGUGAUGAUUACUCCAGAUCAAAUCUCAGCCUUUCCCACGAAGAAGACACCUGUGAUUAAUGUCAAGUUUACUCGAAUGAACCUGGUAAUAGCAGGCGGAUGUUACGACCCUGACCGGUAG